AUGUCCCGCCGCAAGCAAGCGAAGCCACAGCAUCUCAAAUUGGACGAAGAAGCGUUGCAAACUGACGUCGCCACAGAACAUGGUACGUGAGAUUCACACACACUUUUCUGCAACAAAAAAAAAAGCAUUAAAAAAAAAGUUAUCAUAGGCAUAUUUGAUUGCCAGACUAUAAUAGGCUACAGCAGGCCGAUUUAGCUUCAAUAGUUAUUAAUUCAUAUCUUAUUAUAAUCCUUCCUAACCAUUCAUAUAUUAUUAUAACCCUUUGCCUUAUAGGGUUAGGGACUUUAAAAAAUCGAUUUUAGUAUUUCCUUUACUUCCCAGGUUGUUACAAAUAUAGGACUACGGGUGAAUCAGAGCAGAUUUUCAACGUUCUUUAUCCUGUACAUCAGUGUGAUAUUUAUUAUACAAUCUAAAAAAGUGGUAUAAAUAAAUGGUAGCGUAUAGUCUAGAUAAAUAAUAUAAAUGAGCAUAAAUAAUAUAAAUUGCCCUCGGAUAUGAUAAGAUAACUCUGGAUAGGCUAUUGUCUGAUCGAUUUCAAAGCACACUUUCAUGAGUUAUGCAUGCAAUUUUGCCCAUUGGUAAUGGUAGAAAUUUGUCCUGAGAGAUUUGUAGCCUAUCAAUAGGCUAUAUCCUUUCAGUGUGAAGGAAUAUUGAAAAUAGUUAGGCCCUAUACGAACAGAAAAAUGUAUUGUUGUUGUUAUUACAUUUGUCAUCAAAUCAUAUCUGACAUAAUUUUGACAAAUUUAUAAAAAGGAUAUAGUUUCACAGAGGACCCACAUCAGCUCAUUCUCUGUGUAUAUUAUACUUUAGUGUAACUGUAUAAUGUUAAUGAAAAACUAUAUAAUAAAGAUGUUUUAUUGUCACACAUAUGGUAGGCAACUAUGGUAGCAUUGAAAUAUGAUUUACAUAAUGACCUAUAAGUCUAGAAUGAGAGUUUGGUUUUGGAUUAAGGAAGUGUCCAUGAUAAUAAGAAAGGCCUACUAGCCUACUUCGUUUUUGAAAGAGGUAGGCUUUAUAGGCUAGAUGUAAAGGAGGAUGCCUAAUGGGAAAGAUUUUAGUUUUUUAUUAAACUAUAUUGUUCCUCAGGUACGGAAAAUAAAACAUAUAUGUCAUAUUUUUUUUUGUUAGUUCAUAUUCUACUGCAAUUGAAAGUGGGCACAAACUGGUUAAAUCAAAGUUGUUUCCAGGUACUUUGUCAACAUAUAGUGACGUAAAAUCUACAUGGAAAAUACAUUGUAUUUGAAAGAAAUCAUAAAAGUAACUGUUGUUUUGAGGGUGAAAUUUCAACCACAGGAUUAUGUCAUCAUGGUAACCAAAUAUUAAAAAAGACAAACCUUCUAUAAAAUAUGUUGAAUUUGUACCUUUAAAACAAUGUCAGAUCUUCAAAAUUAUUUCCAAACAAUAGGCUGGGCAGCACCUCCUACUGGAGAAUUGAUCUAUCUACAGCUACCCUUUGAUCUCCCAAGCCCUGCUCAGCUAUGAUAUUUGUCACUGUAUAUGAUCAAUGUGCUAUUGUGAGAAUGAUUGUUGAGAGAUUUCCACUUUAAAAUUAAAUAGAUUUUCUGUUGCUAUUAAAUUCAUUCCAAAGGGUAGGUUUAAUAGAGCAAGUUAAAUGUGACCAUACUUUAUCACUCAUACCAUCAAUUAUGCUAUUUAGGCCUAUAUAGCAUUUGCAAAGUCAUCAACAGCUGUUGUUUCAAUUCAACCCAGGACUCAACAAAAACAUUCAUAAUACAUAGGCCUAGGGUUUCAAGCUCUGGUUGAUUUAAAAUGUAAUGAUACUUAGUGAUAUUGAAUUGUGUUUGGUUGUCAACGCAACCAAAUAUAUACAUUUGAAGGAGCUGUAUGUUCUACUUAGUUCCAUCUGUGACACUGACUUAAUUCCAGUUUGUCUACAAAUUAAUAAUUGAUAUGUUGGAUUCACGUCUCCAUCUCAACCGAAAAUCUAAGUUAAACAAUAGGACUAAAUCAAAUCACACUUGAUUUAAAGUGCAUUUAAACUUUGAUUUGAUUUAAUUUGAUUUAGUCCUAUUGUUAUCUUAGAUUUUUGUUUGAGAUGUAGACGUGAAUCCAACAUAUCAAUUAUUAAGUCAGUGGCACAGAAGGAACUAUCCAAGCAGAAGAUAAAUCUCCUUCAAAUGUUGAUAUUUGAUUGUGUAUAAAUGUCUUCUAAUGUAAUCAUGUAAAGCAUGAAUCUUCAAGAUAUCAUGCAUAGGUAUUGCAGGUCUGUGGAGAUCUUCACAAUUGCUGUAAUAAUCUGCACAGAAUCUCGAACGGCAUUGAUCACUUGCGCUAUGUGGCCUACUUUUAAUGUAAUCUCAACUGCAAUCCAGGUCAUUUGGUUCUGCUAUUAGAUGAAGCACAGUGAUAACACGUUAAUCUGUUGUAUAAAUAAGCAAAACAUCUGACAUUUAAUUCCCAUUUGAACUUUGCUGUGAUUUUAAAUAGUUGAAAGCGCAGUGAUAGACAUUUGGGUGGCAAACCAAAAAUCAUACAUUGUUUUUCCAAUGGAAUUUGGUUGUGCUUUUAGAUGGUUGAAAGCAUAGUGAUAACACAAUGGAAAUUCAACUAACUUUUGGCAGUCUUUUUGAGUGGGGGAAUAUAGGUUGUAAUCUCAUUGAUCAAUGUCUCAACCAAAUAUUACCAAAUUAUCCACAUUGAAAUGACGUGGUGUGCCCAGUGGGAGGCUACUGGUCUGAAAAUGUUUUCUUGAUUAGAUACAUAUUUUACAGGUACAGUAGCCUAUAUGUAUAAAAUAUUCAUAUCAACAAAAAUAUAGUAUUUAUCCCGUUAAUCCAUUCAAUCCAUUCAAGACAAGAAAUUGCGUUGUUUAAAUAUUUAUCUGAGCCACUCAAACAUGACUAUUUUAAUUGAGUCCUAUUUGAGACAAUAUAUUUUAUGCUUUCUACACGUUUCCUAAAUAGUAAUAAAGUAUAUUUUCCAUUUGAAAUCAUAGAUACAAAUUCUAGAUGACAGUUUUGUUAAUGAUAUUCGUCAUUUGUACCAAUGCUAUUCCCUCCCUCCAAAUCAAAGGUUAUUUUGAUAUUUAUUUUGUUAUACACAGUGUAAUAUACCGUAUAUAUAUAUAUAUGUAAAUGUGUGUGUGUGUGUGUGUGUGUGUGUGUGUGUGUGUGUGUAAAUCACAGUCAAUAGUAUUCAACCACCACCAUAAACUCAAGGGAGUGAAAUAAAUAGGCUAAAUGUUUUUAAAGUUUUCAGGACAGCACAUAAGUGUAGGCCUAUAUUGUUCUCAAAUUGCUGAUGGAUAUAUCAACUUAAAUAAAUAUAUUUUACAGUAAUAUCACAUUUAUCCAAAUGAUAAUAUAUUAUUUAUAUAUGAAGACACUUUCAUGGUAACAUUAAUUUGUGAUAAAAUAUUAUUUUUAAGUACUCACAGGUCAAAUUAAAUAUUCUAGUUUUUAUAUGUUUUAGACGUUUUUGAAGUUUUAUGGUGUUAAAGUGGUUGUAAUAUGGUUUGGCACAAUGAUUGAAUCAGAAUCAUCAGAAUCUUGCUCAGAGGUCCUUAAACUCAAAAUGACGUAUUACUAUCAGGUUUAUUAAUCUUAUCUGCAUGGUAUUUAUUUUAGUAAUUCAUUUAUAAUAUUUCCCCCCACCUCAGUCAAGGAUUAUGUAGGAUUUAUCAGUUAUUCAAUGUUAGGCUACUCAUCAGGCCAUUUUUUUCUAGGUUUUUCGUGCUUGGCCUGUAUUGUUGACAAAUGUGGCAGAUUAGUACUAUGAAAAGGUGGGAUUGUAUUGAGUGCCAACAAGGCUCUUCUUUGUCCCGCCCCCCACCAGGCAGGGGGUGUGUUCUGAGAUGUGCUUUGAUUGAGCCUGCUGACUUAACCUUUGUCCACCUCACCCUACAAGGGGCAAGUGCUGUAUGUCAGGAUCAUAAUGCAAUUAGUACAUCUGUGCCAUUGACCUCUGAAGCAUGUAGGCCACACUGUCGAGACGGAACCAUUGCUGUGUAAACUGAUUCCUCACUCUGAUCUAACUGUUUGUUUUCAUUUUAAAAUCUCAAUUGCUGUGAAUGAUUUUGCUCUCCACAGUAAACAAACGAUACAAAUAUUUUUUGGCCAUCCUUUGUUCCUGUGUUUGGAUAGUGCAUUGUGUCAUGUAUUUCUUGUAAAAGCCAUAAUAUAUCCACCUCGAUUGUAAAAAGUGUUUUUUGUUUUUGUUGUUGAGGUAGCUUUCUGAUAUAGCAACAACUUUCCCUAUAAUAACUAUGAAGAAUGAUAGUGUUUGAAUUAUCAAUUAGAAAAUGAUUUUUAAUCUGUUUAGAAAACCCAACUCUAGCUAAUCAUGGCAUCAUGGUCUUACUUCUGUUUGCUGUGACUUAACAUUGGUGAUCUUGAGACCACCCACUUAGAUGAGCCAAUGACACUGAUUCUCUACUCAAAUGUUUUGUAUGCUGUUUAGGUUAUUAAAUCAAACAAAUUAAAUGGUAUAUGUCACAUGCGCCGAAUACAACAGGUGUAGACCUUACCAUAAAAUGCUUACUUACAAGCCCAUAACCAACAAUGCAGUUUUAAGAAAAAUAAGAGUUAAGAAAAAUAUUUACUAAAUAAACUAAAGUAAAGAAUAAAAGAGCAACAAUAAAAUAACAAUAACGAGGCUAUAUACAGGGGGUACUGGUACCGAGUCAAUGUGCGGGGGUACAGGUUAGUCUAGAUUAUUGAGGUAAUAUGUACAUGUACUGUAGGUAGGGGUAAAGUGACUAAUAGAUUAAAAAACUGCGAGUAGCAGCAGCUCGGAGGCUGAGCAGUUGCCAUACCAGGCGGUGAUGCAACCAGUCAGGAUGCUCUCGAUGGUGCAGCUGUAUAACUUUUUGAGGAUCUGAGGACCCAUGCCAAAUCUUUUAAGUCUCCUGAGGGGGAAUAGGCAUUGUCGUGCCCUCUUCACAACUGUCUUGGUGUGUUUGGACCAUGAUAGUUUGUUGGUGAUGUGGACACCAAGGAACUUGAAGCUCUCAACCUGCUCCACUACAGCCCCGUCGAUGAGAAUGGGGGUGUGCUCGGCCCUCCGUUUCCUGUAGUCCAUGAUCAAUUAUUAUUGAAAUUGUUGUGACAAUUUAUUAGUGCAGAAAUUUCUGUUAUUUUCUGGGUUUUAAACAACUAAUUGACCAACAUCUGUUCAAUUAUUUGAAUUCCGCUUUGUUUAGUUUUUGGCAAUUUCUCUAAAGAUACAUCAGAUCAAUCCCGAACUGUGUCAUGUAGUAGGGAGUUGUAGUUUCUAACAGGCUAAUAUUCUACAUAGUUUAGAGCAGAAAACGUGGUAAUUAACUACAAUGACCAUAAUCCAUUGCGCGCCUACUUGUCCAGUGUGUGUUUCUUUUACGCCUGGCACAUUAGGAUAGUGUUGGCCAGACACUGACAGGGAGAGAAGAAUGAGGGACAGAGAGCAGUUGCUUUGCGAGGUAUCUCUACCUGAAGAUACAUGAUAUGAUUAAUAGUUGGUAUUCAGCAGUCAUAAAAGUAUGCCUUAUUUACUUUGAAGAUUUUUUUUAUUAUUUUUUAUUAUUAUUUUUUAUUUUUUAUAAUUGUUUUACUUUGAAGAAUUACUAAAAUUGUGAUUUUGUUAAACAGCAUAGGCAGCAGCUCUAUAGAGAUGAGAUGAUGACUUGGAAUGAAAUAAUAAAGUCAUCAAAUAAAACUAAUGUAAUAAACACAACUACUGAAAUAUUUUAUUAAAGUAAAGUAAUGUGAAUAAAUUAUGGUUAAUAAGUGAUGAGCAGUAACUAUCAUCAUGGGACUUUUAUUAAUUAUUUUAUUAUGUUUUGUUACAGCAUUCAACCCAAAUAAUGGAUAGUGCAUUUCAUGUUGUUUUUUUUAAACAAUCGGAACUGAAAUUGAAAACCGUUUUUUUUAUUUUUAUAAUCAAACUGAAAACCAACUGACUUCAAAAAGCACUAAUCGCUCAGCACUACAAUUUAUUGACCACACAGUAUGCCAGACAUCCUCGGACACACGCAUACAAACACGCACACACACGCAUGAAUGCACACGCGCGCACACACUAGACAGAGACACACUAGACAGACAGACAGACACACACACACAUUAUCAAAGCUGCUUUGUGUAUGUGCUGUCACAAUGGCACUGUUUUUCAACCAGUGCCAUGAAUGCACUCAAAAAGAGUAAGAAACAAGGUCAAUCAGUGGUUGUUUGACAGUUAUAAGCACCCCCAACAUUUUUUUAGUUGUUUGAACAAACAGUGAUCAAAAACACAUUUUUAUUUUAUGUACAGAAUAGACAAAACCUUGGAUAGAUCACAGCACUCAUGUUUCGAAGAUAAGUUUAAGCCAUAUUUCCAUUCUAUCUUAUUCUAUAGAAUGGUAAACAUGCACAGUCAUCCCUUUUGUGUUUUUUUCCUGACUUUAUAGACUUUAAAUACUCUGAAUUGAUUCAUUCCACAACACCCAUUGAAAAGUUGUUUCAAUGCCCAUUGAAAAGCAACUUGGGUGUAUGUGCAAUAAAAGAAAGGUUGAAAAUGGAACCCUAUGGGCGCUGGUCAAAAGUGCACUAUAUAGGCAAUAGGAUGCCAUUUUGGAUGCACAUAAAGUAUUGUUUACGCUGGAACUUCCCAGCAUUACCCAGCUGGCAUGCUCAUCUGCCUCCUAACAACACACAGAUUUCCCUGUUUCCUCAGUGAUUCUGAACUUCACGAGGAGAGCAUUGCCAAUCAACUGCAUUGAUUUGAGGGCAUUUAGGAGAAGCUUAAUGUCUAAAAGAAUUAAGCUCUCUAGACUUUUUAUAGUUACUGCAGCUGCUAGAAUAUCACUCAGGAUACUGAACAAGAGGACAUGAGAUUGUAUAAAAGACUGUUUAUAAUUCCUUAUAGAAUUUACAUCAACAUAGCAGUAGCUAUUACAUGUCCAAGAUCAAGAUAAAUAUCAUGUAAAAAUAUCAUUUUCUGUGUGUGCGAGGGAGGUAUUUGCAGCCAGGAAUAAAAACAAUGGUUUACCAUGUGUUUAUAGCUGGAUGUAGCUAAGUAUUGGUGAAGUUAUUUCAUAUCAACAUCAGACCAAGAAGUACAUAUUUUACUGUUCUAGAUUGAUAACAUGUUAAACUAAUUAUUACUUUCAAAUAGAAGCAGCAUUAUAGAUUAAUAAUGUAAAAGGUUCCUAUAGAAUAUAUUAAAUUAAGAUCAAUUAUUGGGUUUUCCUUGUUUUCUUCUUUAAAUUACUACACUAUAAAUAUAAUCUCACAUUAAUUCCCAGAAUGUAGUCAUUUUAAUUAACUGUAAAAUAUUAUUUUGAAAUAUUGCUGUUGUAUGAACUUGUUUUCAACUUAUGUUAAUGUUGCAUUUUUCCUAGGCACGCUCUAAUAGACAAUGAUAACAUGUUUGUUUGACAGAGCCAAGUGUUGUGGAAUAGCAUAUGAAAUUCCUGCUGUGGAAAUUAGAGUGGUUGAUUGCAAUAGGGAAUGACCCAGUCAAAGACCCAAUUUGUACUCAACGGACAUGGCACUUUAAUUGUAUGAAUGCAUUGGAAAUCAAUAAUCAAUCAAUUUCAUUAAGUUGCAGUAUGCACAAUUGAUAGGUCACAUAAUUUGAUUGAUUAGCCAAAUCAAAUUAGCAGCUGCAUACAAGGAGAUUUAAUUUAGUAGAAACUGGGUCUAAUAUGAUGCAAUGAAUCUAUACAUUUAGAAUGAAAACUAUAGAUUGAGUUUAUCAUUGAACAUGUUUACUCUUACUGUAAUUGAAGGGUUAUAGUCUGUCAUCCUAGUUAUAUUAACUAACAGUUAUUUUCUUCUCCCCCUGUUUUCCAUGCAGCUCUAUUGGAGGGAAUGGAUGAGGAGGAGCGCCGCAGUGGCAUUGAGGAAACGCAUGUGUGUGAAAAAUGUGCUGAGUACUUCACCUGGGCCGAACUGUAUGAGCACCAGAGAAACUGCACAGAGGACCCACCUCAGUUCCUCAUUGUGAAGGAAGAUGAGGGGAUGCCUAGACCUGAGGGAUCCCCAGCUGGAUCCUCCCCAACCCCCAGCCUGGCCAUUCUUAGCCUGGCCCCCAGUGACUCAGCAGACAUCGAGUCAGCGGACGGGGGCCUUGAGCUGGUGGAGCCUAUGAAUGAUAAUGAUAAUGACAGCACAGAUAUGUUAGAGGAGAUGAACAUGGGAGAGAGGGAGGAUGAAUCCAUGGAGGUGGAGCAGCAGCACCACGACAAACAUAAGUCAUCUAGACCCCAGAAUCCCCCAGAUACAACCGAGUUGGCCAUCCCUUCAUCUCAGUCGUCUCCUGUGACCAGCAGCAUGCCCAGUACGAACGUAACGCUGGAGAUCCUCCACAGUACCCAGGUGGCUGUGGCCCAGUUCUCCCAGAGCCUCCACAGUAGUGGGGCAGGAGGGAAGGCGGCCACAGCAGCCAUCCCAGUGAUCCUGGAGCACCUGCUGUCUUUGCAUCAGCAACAGGUCCACCAGUUGCAGCUUAUUGAGCAGAUCCGUAGCCAGGUGGCCUUCAUGAACAAACAGCCCACACAAACAGCACUAAACCCAGUCUCCAGGGCCCUAUCACUGGCACCAAACCCUUUCCCCUCCCAAGGCCUCAUCGCUCCCCCUGUCCUACCACUGUCUGGGACGAUUCCCUCUGCCGUCAAUGGACAAGCAUCUGUGUCUUUGGCAGCUGUGCUUGAGAGGUCCCACACACUCUCCUCACAAACUUCAUAUGGACAGGCCCACAUGAGAAAUGUUAGAUGUACCUCAGCUCCCUCAGAGAACUCUGCCCCUCCCCCUACUAGCUGCAACAAUAUUUCCUCAUUACAGCCUCCCUACACGGGUUCACACUCACACACAAGCGGGAGCUGUACUCAGACCCUGACCUCGUCCAGCUCACUGUCCAUGCAGGGUCAGAGCAACAGUCUCCUCAGCUCACCAUCCAGCCUGCCGUUUCUACCUCAGAGCCCCCCCAGCAGUGUCAUCUUCCCCAACCCCCUGGCCAGCAUCACAGCCACGACUAACGCCCUCGACCCGCUCUCCGCCCUGAUGAAGCACCACCGGAAUGGCAAGCUGCCCAAUGUGUCCAUGUUCGACACCAAGCCCAGCACUGAGGAGCCCUUUUUCAAGCAUAAGUGCAGGUUCUGCGCCAAAGUGUUUGGCAGCGACAGCGCGCUGCAGAUCCACCUGCGCUCUCACACCGGGGAGAGGCCCUUCAAGUGCAACCUCUGCGGCAAUCGCUUCUCCACUAAAGGGAACCUGAAAGUCCACUUCCAGAGACACAAAGAAAAGUAUCCACAUGUUCAGAUGAACCCUUAUCCAGUGCCGGAAUAUUUAGACAAUGUGCCAACGUGCUCUGGUAUUCCCUAUGGAAUGUCAUUCCCUCCUGAAAAACCAGGAGCCACUUGGCUGGAUAGCAAGCCUGUUUUAGCGACGGUACCCACCUCUAUGGGCCUUCAGCUUCCCUUCACGCUCACUACUAUGGGAAGCUCAAGUGGCUCUCUAAGUGUCACACCACCCAUCAAAUCUCCUUUUAGGCCCUCCCCAGCCACAAGUGAAUGUGUGUCUUUGUCGCUGAACACUACAGGCAAUGAAACCAGUGUUCCCACAGCUUUAGAGUCUCCACAGUCUAAUCAGGAGGGGGAAGCCUCCCACGUAUUGAAAGCAGAGGAAAUUCACCUGCCCCAAAACUGCAUGACUAGACCCAGGGUGAGUCCAUUUACUGUGGCAACAAGUAAAGCCAUGACUAUGACCACAUCCACACCUGAGUGCAGCACACCGACUUACCCCGUUUCCAACUUCUCACCACUUUCCCUGGCCUCUGACCCGUUCAAAGCAAAGUUUCCAUUCGGUGGCCUCCUGGACUCUAUGCAAACGUCAGAGACCUCAAAGCUCCAGCAGCUGGUGGAGAACAUAGACAAGAAGAUAACAGACCCCAACCAGUGUGUCCUCUGUCACCGCGUGCUCAGCUGCCAGAGCGCGCUGAAGAUGCACUACCGUAUCCACACAGGGGAGAGGCCCUUUAAAUGUAAGGUGUGUGGCAGGGCUUUCACCACCAAAGGAAACCUGAAGACACAUAUUGGUGUCCACAGAGCAAACCCUCCUCUCCGGGUUCAACAUUCAUGUCCCAUCUGCCAGAAGAAGUUCACCAACGCUGUAGUGCUACAGCAGCACAUCCGCAUGCAUAUGGGGGGUCAGAUCUCAAACUCACCCUUAAUGGACGGCCUACAGGACCUCGACACUGAUCUCUCCUUCGAUGAGAAGAACUUUGACAGCCUGAAGAACUAUGACAAUGACCUCAUGUACGACAACUCCAUGGGGGAGGAAGAGGAUGAUGAAGAAGAAGAGGUAGAAAAUAUGGAGGGGGGUGUAGAUACCCUCAAACCCCUGAGCUCUGUCUCAAGUUCUCCUCCCAACUCUGAUGCUGUUGUCUCCAGCAUAGCUGCACUGGAGAACCAAAUGAAAAUGAUAGACUCCACCAUAAACCUAAACAACUCCUUUGGGCUGAAGUCAAUGAUGAAUGGUUUUAUGGACAGUGAGCGCCGUGCUGCUAUCCACUACUCUAUAGUGGGAGAAGGACAGAAUCACAAUGCAGUCGGCAGCCCAACCGUGUCUGAAUCGUCCACCGCCAUGCAUGUACCAGUGUCACCUGCACAAAGCAACUCUGAGGUCCACCUCUGCAAUUCCCCAUCUGGGAAGCACAGUGGAGAGUCACAAGAGAUCACAGCCUCAGUGAAGAGUGAGAAAUCUGAUUCGCCCACCUCGACUCCGGUACUGGAAAAUGGAGUGACCCUGGAUCUGAGAGGGAUGCAACCUCACAGGCAGUGUGUGAAACGGGAGAGUCCUUACAGUACGCUGUUCCUGAGUAAAGAACGUGGUAAGAUAACAAUAUCAACUGAUAAUAUCUGUAGGUGUAAUAACAAUGUAAAAAGGGGUUCCAUUUUUAAAUGCUUUAUAUAAUAUAAUAAUAAUAAUAUAAUAUGCCAUUUAGCAGACGCUUUUAUCCAAAGCGACUUACAGUCAUGCGUGCAUACAUUUUUUGUGUAUGGGUGGUCCCGGGGAUCGAACCCACUACCUUGGCGUUACAAGCGCCGUGCUCUACCAGCUGAGCUACAGAGGACCACAACAACGGUUGAACAUUUUGUUUUCCCCCUUCACUAUCUAGCAAAUGUAGAUCUCAUUCAGUUACCCCCAAAACAUAUUACAACUCUAAAACAUCGCUUUAUCUAAUUGUUUUAGGUUCCAGCCAAAGCAUUCCUAGCCUGAAUACCAGCAUUGCGCCAAGGAUGAUCAAAUCUGAAAUGAAUGGGCACCAUCGGCCAAUGAACUUCAACGAGGGGCUGCAUCAUCCAUUUGGCCUCCAGGUCCCUGCCGCUCCUCCAUCUCUGGUGAGCCCAGGAAUCAUCUCUCUGCUUGGGCCACCUCAACUUCGACGGACCCCCAAGCAGCACAACUGCCAUGCGUGUGGGAAGAACUUCUCCUCAGCCAGCGCUCUACAGAUCCAUGAGCGGACCCACACUGGGGAGAAACCAUUCGGUUGCUCCAUCUGUGGCAGGGCAUUCACAACUAAAGGAAACCUGAAGGUACUACACAUUUUAAUGGGAUUGUAUUUACUGUAUUUGCUCCCCAAACACUCUAAAGACUCAGUACCUGUUGUUCAAACAAUUUCAGAAUAUUUUCAGCUUAGCUUAUAGAUGAAAAUGCUCUAUCAGCUAUGACUAAUUUUAAUGGAUUUUUGUUUUAUCUCCUCCAUCCCCUCUCUCCCCCCAUUCCUCUUUAGGUACACAUGGGCACUCACAUGUGGAACAACGCACCAGCCAGAAGAGGCAGGCGUCUGUCAGUGGAGAACCCCAUGGCCUUGCUGGGUGGGGAAGCUGCCAUGAAGUUCGGAGAGAUGUUUCAGAAGGACCUGACGGGACGGGCCAUGAACGUGGACCCAGGGUUCUGGAACCGCUACGCAUCAGCUAUAACCAACGGCCUAGCCAUGAAGAAGAAUGAGAUCUCAGUGAUCCAGAAUGGGGGGAUUCCACAGCUUUAUCCCAUGACGGCAGGCAUGGACAGAGUCAGCACUGGGGGUAGCUCACCAAUGACCAGUCUUGGAAAGACAGCCAUGGACCUUGGAAUUAACCGACCCGACACUUUUCUAUGUUAA